UCCCUCCGUUUUAACGGAAUAUUCACGUUUAUUAUUUGAAAUUUCCCGGUUCCUAUCAAGGAUUUAACCAAAUUCUGAACUCAACGAAUCACCGAGCAGUAAUCGCGUUUGCGCGAGUAAUUUACAUUUGUGCUCGUAACAUGGUGGGCAGGCUGGCUGGCGAAAAGCAGCAAUUUUAGCGCGGGUGGGUGUUGUCGUUAUAUUUUUACGCGUUGAACAUUAAAUUCUUGUGCGAUAUUCUGUGAAAAUCUGUGCAAAAUGCCGCCGAAAAAGCGGGAGAAGGAAUUGGAAGGACAAAAAGCUCCUCGUAUGGAUAUGGUGCAAGCUGAUCAUGAGCUGUUUCUCCAAGCCUUCGAAAAACCAACACAGAUUUAUCGGUUUUUGCGCACAAGGAAUCAAAUUUCUCCCGUAUUUCUUUAUAGAAAUCUUUCUUAUAUGAGACAGAGAAUGUCUAGGACACAUAAGUCCCGAAGAGGAUUUCGAAUCAACUCUAUUUUAGACAAAUUAAUAAUUAAAAAUGAACAGCAGCAAAAUCCAGGAAUACGGGGGUUCAUGACACUGACAUUCUUAGGAUUUUACGACAAAAAAUUGGAGAUGCCCCAAGAUCCAGUAAAAGUGGAAACGUUGCUUUUAAAAAUUUGCCAUAAAAAACGAAAAGACGUUAGUUCACCAAUAACGCAAGAUUAUGUUGGAUCAAGGGAAGUGCCAAUCAAUCCUUCAGAGAAUCAACCUCCACCAAAAGCACCUACUAUUUCCAUACCAAAUGAAUCUUUUAGUUCAAAUAAUGGUCAUUUAGCAAAGACUUAUAUGCUUUUGCUCAGAGUCUACUGCACGUCAAAUAAUGGCUGCCUUAUGCAUAACUGUGAUUUAGACGAGCCAGCUCAAAAGCGUCGUAAAACCGCAACCGGAGCAAUUAAAACCGGAGGCGAGGAAAUUAAAUUGUAUGGUUCGGAACUUGUAGUAUACGACAAACACAAUCGUUGCCUCCUGACAGAUGGCGAUUAUGAACUGGGUUUACAAGAAGUGCAAGCAAAUGUCAGAUCCAGUCCUAAGAAACAUAGUUCUUGGGAAACAAUUCCCGAUAUUAAAGACUGUAGUCCUUUUGACGUCUUUACCAGAGGACCGACACUUAAAUUUAGAUUAAGUUGGACCAUGGAACCGAGCAAUGGUUUCGUUGAUAGACCUGUUGCAGUAAAUCCUCUUCCUAACGGAGACAACAAGGAAAAUCGACCAGGCAACAAUUGCCCAACGAAUCAUAAUAAUAAUUUUAGUAGUAGUAAUAACAAUAACAAUUUAGCACUGCCAGCACCUAGUCCACUUACACCUGCAAAAAUACCUGUGACAAAUGAAAAAGUCGAUGCUUCCAAUAUAUCACUACAAAUUGUUUAUCAAUUUUUGUACAAUAAUAACAGUCGCCAACAAACCGAAGCUUGCGAAGAUCUUCAUUGUCCUUGGUGCUCUUUAGAUUGUGGAAAAUUAUACUCACUUCUAAAACACUUAAAACUGUGUCAUUCAAGAUUUACUUUCACAUAUGUGCCAAUUCCACAAGGAGCACGAAUAGAUGUAGCAAUAAAUGAAUGUUACGAUGGAUCGUAUGCGGGAAGUCCUCAUGAAUUAAUUUCUCAACCCUCUGGAGUGGCUUUCUCAAGAACUGGACCAACUAGGCGUACCAGUGUGACAAAUAUUCUAGUGUGUCGACCAAAACGAACAAAACCGAGUCUUUCUGAAUUUUUAGAAUUAGAUGAGAAUGAAUUUGAAAGCCAACGGUCUUACAUCACAGGACACAAUAGGCUCUAUCAUCACACUGUUACUUGUUUACCAAUAUAUCCAAAGGAAAUGGACAUUGAUUCAGAGGGUGAAAACGAUCCAAAGUGGCUGCAAACAAAAACAAUGAUGAUGAUUGACGAAUUUACCGAUGUAAAUGAAGGUGAGAAGGAAUUAAUGAAAAUGUGGAAUUUGCAUGUUAUGAAACAUGGCUACGUUGGCGACUGUCAAAUUCCCCUCGCCUGUCAAAUGUUCCUUGAAACAAAAGGAAAAGAACUUUUAAUGAAAAAUCUCUAUCGUAAUUUUGUCCUUCACAUGUGUAGUCUCUUUGAUUUUGGACUAAUAAGUCCAGUUGUUCUUUAUCAAGUGAUACAAAAGUUGCAAGAAAUGAUGAAGGAAGGCGGCGAGAAUGGUGAUGUUCGAAAAAUUUUACAAAACUCACACGAGGCACAAGUUGAACGUUGGGUUACCACCGGUGUCUAUGCACCCACUGACAAUAUCAAAACAAAUAGCUCGUGCGCGAAAAUUAAUUUCAAUAAUGACAAUUCCCAUUCAAAUACCAGGCGAAAGACAACACAUCCCCUUGGUUCGCCUCCAAAUUCACAAGCCGGUAAAUCUUCAGUUCACAAUAAUGCAACAAAACACGCCAGUAUGAUGGGCGCAUCAUCGAACAAAUCUCUCAAUCAAUUGAAUAGUACUAUUCAAAAUACAAUAAACAAAAACGGAAAUUCAUUUUCCAAUCAUCAGAAUGGCGUUAGUAAAACAGUAUCAUCAAAUUCCAAAGUUUCCGCAUCAGGAACAAGUAAUUCCGUUCAAAAUGAAAACGCACAGAAACAAUCAACGGAACCACCAACUAGACGUAAGAGUACAAAUUCUCUUCAAUCCGAUGGUUCUGCGCCAAUACGCAGAAAAUCAAUGGCCAAUGAUACCAAUGAGUAUCACAGACGAAAGUUAAUUCUGGAUGCAAUUCAGUCAGGUUAAAAA